GUGGUGAUUGUCACGAAAAGUGACGAGAAUGGCCGAGGCUAGCUCGUUAGCAUGCCAACAUCAGUAGAAGACAAGAAGUGACAGAAAUAGAAGCGAAUCAUUGCCGUUACUUUCUACGGCUGAAGACAACUCCCAGCGAGUAGGGGACUAAAGUUUGAUGCUGAACUCGCAACUUUUCAGCUGGACUGGUCCAGGUCCAGGGUCCUGUUUCAUACUUCGCGGGCUCCUCGUGCAUGUGGCCGCAGCCCCCUACGUCAGCACAGGGAGAGAUCAGCACCCUGGACAGCGGCGCCUGGUCAAUAAUAAAAGCAGCUCGAGCUCCUUCUCCUGUCCAGCUGCUGGGAGCACGAGGGAGGGAGGGAGGCAGGUCAUCAUCAUCAUCAUCCACCGGAGACUGACGGAUAGAUAGAUGGAUGGAUGACUAAAAGAAAAAUAGCGACUUGUUUACAGGAUGACAGGCAGGGUUUGUUUUUUUUUCUCUCUUCCUCUUUCCCUCCUCUCUCUCCCUCUCUCUCUCUCUCUCUCUAUUCCGGAAGUAGCUGCUGCGUUGGUUCAAUCUCCAAGCCGACCAUUUCGAGGAGGAAAAUCAGCGCCAGCAGUAUCAUCACCACCAUCUAUCUGAUCCAAUAAUCAAUGCCAUUACUGCUGUGUAAUUGCUCUCGGAUGCGAAGACAUCUUCAUGCGUAUCCCCCCUCGUCUUUCACCCUAAUUAGAAAAAUCGCAGGGUGCCUUUAUUAUUCAGCCUCUCUUUGACAUUUCAGCUCGUGUGUUUUUUUCCUCUUCUCUUCCCUGGGCAAUGAAAUGCUGAUGGACAUCGAGCGAAGAAGGGAAACAUGGGGCUUUCGGGUGUUUUUGUGUUGCCGCGUUUCCACCCGCUAGGUGGAUAAUAAUAAGGCGAAUGCAAAGGAUUGUGUUUUUGAUCUCGACGGUUUGGAUUGUCGGGGUGAAUGGCACGGAUUCUUCGUGGAUCAUCAACCGGAGGCUUUGCAGAAAGGAGAUGAAAUAGAGGAGAGAGAGAGAAAGAGAGGGGGGAGAGAAAACGGGACCAUGAUCUGACGCUUGGGAUGCUACACUGAGGGACAAUAAAAUAAGAAAAUAACAUUUAUAUUAUAAUUAAACUUCCAUUUCAUCUUCCGCACACCCCCUCCUCUUUUCCCCUCCUCUUUUUUUUGGAUUAUGAUUCUUGACAAGAGUCCCAGAUGUGACUGUGUGGAUGGCAUGUCGUUGUAUUUUACAUCCCAUCUCCUGUUUCCUGGCUCUGUGUUGCUCUCCCCACCGCUCGUCCACUCUCUCGCAGUCUUCUGCUUUGGGUAGCAAAAACAUGUAGGGCUAUUUUUUGCUGCAAGCCCAGUGCAUCUGGAGAUAGAGAGAAAAAAAGAGGUUGGGAGGAAAAUGGACCGUGGAAAUCAAGUUAAAAAAAAAACACACAGAAGCAGCAGCAACAACAACAUCAACAUCAGCAGAAGCAGAAGCACGAGUUGUAACGUUUUCUGGGGGUGCGAUUGAAGAUGCAUCUAAGACGGCGUUUGCUGAGUUGUUUGAGUAAUGAAUAUUGAAGGAGUGUGUCGGCCAGCUGAAAGGGAAAAUCUUUCAUCCGCAUUGGCUUAGACACACAUGCCAUCAGUGGGGCGAGAGCCUUUAUUUCUGUGGAUUUCCAAUUAAUAGUUGUGGUAUUACAGGAGAUACUACAAUGAAAAUGAACCCAGCGGGUGUAUGAAUAAUAAUAAUAAUAAUAACAAUAAUAAUAAUAAUAAUAAUAAUAGGGGGAGAGAAGAAAAAGACAAAAACACUUCAUUUAUUUAUUUCAGUCUGGCGGAUUCUUUAUGUAGCCAAACAUGUUCAAGUAUCGGAUCCGCAUGUUUUUUAAUGAACUGAAAGUCCUGGUGUUUAUGCGAUCCGAUUCGAGACAGUCCGGCUCAGACACAGAUAGACGGUCCACCACCAAUACCACCACCUCCGCCGCCGCCACCGCCAUGCGAGGUCUGGGGAUGGGCGGCUGCGGUUGGCCGCCUUUCGUCGACUGCCAUUCCCGGGACGACGAGGAGGAGUACUACGGCAGCGACCCGCGGCCCCGGAGCCUGGCGUUUGAGGACAAGGAACCCAAGCUGCAAGUGGGCCUGGACGCCGUGUCUCUGGCCAGCACCGCCAGCAGCCUGCGGACCCCUCAGUGCCGGAUCUGUUUCCAGGGCCCAGAGCAGGGGGAGCUGCUGAGCCCCUGCCGCUGUGACGGCUCGGUGCGCUGCACCCAUCAGCCCUGCCUCAUCCGCUGGAUCAGCGAGAGAGGAUCCUGGAGCUGUGAGCUCUGCUACUUCAAGUACCAGGUCCUGGCCAUCAGCACCAAGAACCCUCUGCAGUGGCAGGCCAUCUCUCUGACGGUGAUCGAGAAGGUGCAGAUAGCGGCCAUUAUCCUGGGCUCCCUGUUCCUCAUCGCCAGCAUCUCCUGGCUCAUCUGGUCCUCCCUCAGCCCCUCAGCCAAGUGGCAGCGUCAGGACCUGCUCUUCCAAAUCUGCUACGGCAUGUACGGCUUCAUGGAUAUCGUCUGCAUAGGCCUCAUCAUCCAUGAGGGAUCAUCAGUGUAUCGAAUCUUCAAACGAUGGCAGGCUGUCAAUCAGCAGUGGAAAGUACUGAACUAUGAGAAAUCAAAGGACCUGGGCGACCCGGUGAGUUCGAGUGGCAAGACGGGGGCUCGCGGCUCUCGCGGCAACCCUCACGGUCUGGCCAGCAGCAGCGGCGGGCGACAGAGCAGGAGGCUAAGAACUAUUCUGAACCACCACUGUGGAUACACCAUCUUGCACAUCCUAAGCCAACUGAGGCCCAACGACCCGCGGAUCAGUGCCGCCGCCAACCGAGAGGUGGUGAUGAGGGUCACCACUGUAUGAGUCGAACCGGGCGUGAGGGAUAAGACGACGUCUUUGUGUCCGGGUGUAAAUGAGCAGAGGGACUUAUGGACCUAAUAUUAAAUACUAAAGACUCACGUAGGCAACGGGAGCCCUGUGAGGAGCUGAGCGAUGCCCGGAGCAUCAACAGACAGCACACACACUUGAGGAUUUCUCCUCUUGUUUCGUACAACAAAAGGAAGCCAGAUGCUCCUUUUCAAUAAUUAAGGAACUGAUGAAAAUAAAGACGGAAAAAAGCAUUAAAAGACAUCAAAUGUGAAAUGUGAGGGGGGAAAAGUGUAAACAGGCUUUAUAACCUAAACCAAGAUGAUGAGACGAUUUUUCCAGUUCAAUAUCAGGAUGCACAGAGACAUUUUUCUUUUUUUGUUUUUGAUCCUCUUGGUUUGAUUUGUAUCUUAUUCUUUUUGGGUUUUCUUUUUUACUCACUUUGAUUUUUGUACGGAUGUAUGAUUUUAGAGGAAAUCAUGUAACUCCAUACAUGCCAAGCAUUUCCAGACAACUAUGUAUAAUGAUCUUAAAAAUUUCUACAAGCUAACCAAUGCUGGUAAAUAGACCGAAAACUGAAACAAACAAACAGGAGGGAGACGCAGGAGGAGACAACAGAACAAUAAGUCAUUACAAGUUUAAAAAAAAAAGAAAAAAAGAAGAAAAAAAUACAAAAUAAAAAAAGAAAUCAAUAAGAUUUCUUGACACUUAACCUUUCUGCAAUAAAGAUGCGUAUGUACAUUUCACAGGGAAUUUUGCAUGGGUAUAUAAUUUUAUUCUUCAUCACAUAACAUAAGCACAUGACAAAUUUGCUCUAUUUCGAAUGGUGCUUGCCAAAAUAAACACUUUAAAAACAUCUGAUUUCAUUGCACCAACUUUUUGUCAUCAUGACAAAUGGCAGUGUGUUACAGCUAUUUCAGCUAAAAUACAGAUUGUUGCUGCUGUGUGCUGAUUCAGAUUUGAUAAUAAGUAAACUAUUGGAUUAAAAACAGGGAUCAGAUGAUCUCUUACUAAUCAGUCUCACUCGGUCUCUUCUUUAUCCCACCUGUAGCUUUAAGCAUGCAAGGUUUGAGUGUGUCGUUCUCUGGUGUGAAAAUGUAGUGAGGUAAUGUUGUUUUAGGGAAAUAAAAUGGGUCAUCCUUUA